AUCGCCGGAGGUAGGGCUCGCUGGCCGGAGCCGCUCUUCCGCUCCGCUCCUCGCCAUGCCCCGCCGCCGGCUCUCCGACUGCCGCCGGCCCUGAGCGCGGAGUUACCGGCGGCGGCUCCGCUCCGCUCGGCUCCGGCCCGGACGCGAUCGUGCGUGGCGACCAAACGUUUCUCUGAACUUUAAUCUUCAAGAUGAAGUUCCUGCUAGCGAUUUUCUUCUUUGUCUCGUUCUCCUUAUGGGUGGAAGAAGUCUACUCCAAAGAGAAGUCUUCAAAGAAAGGAAAGGGAAAAAAGAAGCAAUACCUCUGUCCAUCCCAGCAAUCAGCUGAAGACCUUGCAAGAGUACCUGCUAAUUCUACAAGCAAUAUCUUGAACAGGCUAUUACUCAGCUAUGAUCCCAGGAUAAGACCUAAUUUCAAAGGAAUUCCAGUCGAUGUGGCAGUCAAUAUCUUCAUUAACAGCUUUGGGUCAAUUCAAGAGACGACUAUGGAUUACAGAGUGAACAUCUUUCUAAGGCAGAAGUGGAAUGACCCCAGACUCAAACUGCCCAACGACUGGAGGGGUUCAGACACUCUGACGGUGGACCCAACAAUGUUUAAGUGUCUUUGGAAGCCAGAUUUGUUCUUUGCAAAUGAAAAAAAUGCUAACUUCCAUGAUGUCACUCAAGAAAAUAUCCUUCUUUUUAUAUUUCGGGAUGGAGAUGUCCUAGUCAGCAUGAGAUUGUCUAUUACUCUGUCAUGCCCUUUGGACUUGACCUUAUUUCCUAUGGAUACACAGCGCUGCAAGAUGCAAUUGGAAAGCUUUGGUUACACAACUGAUGACUUACGCUUUAUCUGGCAGUCUGGAGAUCCUGUACAGUUAGAGAAAAUUGCUCUGCCUCAGUUUGAUAUUAAAAAGGAGGAUAUUGAAUAUGGUAACUGUACCAAGUAUUACAAAGGCACAGGUUAUUACACUUGUGUAGAAGUAAUCUUCACUUUAAGAAGACAAGUUGGAUUUUACAUGAUGGGUGUUUAUGCUCCUACACUUCUAAUUGUUGUUCUGUCCUGGCUAUCAUUUUGGAUCAAUCCUGAUGCAAGUGCUGCAAGAGUCCCACUGGGUAUCUUCUCAGUGCUCAGCUUGGCAUCUGAAUGUACUACUCUUGCUGCUGAACUUCCUAAAGUGUCUUAUGUGAAGGCCUUAGAUGUAUGGUUGAUUGUUUGCCUUCUGUUUGGGUUUGCAUCGUUGGUGGAGUAUGCAGUGGUUCAGGUAAUGCUAAACAACCCAAAGAGAAUUGAAGCUGAAAAAGCCAAGAUUGCCAAGGCAGAACAAGCUGAAGGAAAGGGUGGAAACACUGCUAAAAAGAACACUGUGAACGGCACAGGGACUCCUGUCCACAUCAGCACUUUACAGGUUGGUGAGACCAGAUGCAAAAAAGUUUGCACUUCGAAAUCUGAUCUGAGAUCCAAUGAUUUCAGCAUUGUUGGAAGCUUGCCAAGAGAUUUUGAAUUAUCAAAUUAUGACUGCUAUGGGAAGCCCAUUGAAGUCAACAAUGGGCUCGGAAAGUCUCAAGCCAAGAGCAACAAGAAGCCUCCUCCUCCCAAGCCUGUCAUUCCAUCAGCAGCAAAGAGAAUUGAUCUUUAUGCGAGAGCACUGUUUCCUUUUUGCUUCUUGUUCUUCAACGUCAUAUAUUGGUCCAUAUAUUUAUGAUAAAUCUUUUAUUAUUUUUUUUUCAUCUGUAAAAUAUAUCCCAUUUCAUAUCCCUUCCCUGUCAUGAAGGCCAAUGUGUGAAACUAUUUGCAUUUGCAAAGCAAUAUGUUGCAUUUUGAUGCCAUGCGAUUGUACUGAAAAUAUGGCAUCUGAAAUUUGAAUGAAAGCAUGACACUGCAAUGUCUGUGCUUCUACCAAUGUUGUAUAUAAAUGUACAGCGUACAUCUUGCUUUAGGAAUAUAUAAAAGAUAAUGCAUACUACAUUAUAAAGCUGAAUAAAUCCCUUCAGUUAUUAGUAACAUACAGAGAUUUAAAGUGUUCCUGAUAAUCAAACUGAUGUGCACGUUGAGUAUUAUUAAAAUCAGUAUUCUAGUAUAUGUAGUAUUUAAAAGCUUUUCUGCUGACUUUCUGAGAAAAAAAAACAAACACAUCUUGUUCUUGUAUAAUUUUAGAUGGCACUGUUGAAGAAAAAGCUAAGUUGUGAACCCUGUUAUUUAGAUGUCAUAAGUGAAGGCACAAUUGAAUAAGCUGAUCUUAUCUAUGUGGAAUAAUGAAGAUCAGAGAAUUGCUGUAUUUUUAAUCAAAAUCAGCAAUUUUGUAAAAUUUAGGGGAAGGGGUGGAAAAAAAAAAAAGCAAUUGUAUCCAUCAAGGAAACACACUUCAAAAAUACAUUAGAAUAUGCUGACCAUUAAGUAUUGUGCCCAGUUUUGACUGUUGUGUCCUUAGGCACAAGCUAGGUAUGUUGAACAGUCUGCUUUCUAGACUGCAGGUGUCAAGAGUUUUGGAGAAACACCUCAACAUACUGAUCAAGAACAGAUCAGUAUCUGUUCAAAUUAUACAUUUUUACAUUGGUCUGUUCUCUGGCUCAUCUCUAGUGUCUUGCAAGCCUACAGUGAAAAGUCACAAUUAAUUUUUUUGUUGAAUAUGAUAUGGCUUACUCAUUUUGCUUUGUUUAUCCUCUUAAAAGCCUGUAGUUUAAAGAAACGUUUUGUUUUCAAGAUGAAAUCCCUUUUUAACUCUAGUUAUUUAUUUUCUGUUUGCCUUCUGUAGUACAGAUGAUCAGAGCUAACAUCUAGCUAGCUAGAAGUCUAAGGAUCUAAGUCUAUUAAAUACACCAUGUGUUAAUUGAUGGCUACCCUCCCCAACUCAUUUAUUUGGCUACUACUUGUUGGAAAUUAAGAUCCUGUGCAUGGAACAGUUUGACAAGUUCUGCAUUUUAUUUUUCCAGAGAAAACCAGAAAAGUGGAUUCCCCAGGUUGCAUAAGGCAGGAAUUGAUACCUAUGGUCUCUGUUGAUGCCAUGGUACAUUACUCUGUAAGGACAAGUAAUGAGGUAAAAGAAGUUCAUAUGAACACUUCUUUUAUGUAUAUAGUCCAAGUAGUGUGUGUUUCCUGAGAGCACACAGAAACUACAUCAUCUGCCCUUGACGGCAUACUGUAGAGAAACAUGUUUCUACUUGUAAAACUGGGGCAUAAAAUGUAGUUAAAAUAUUAAAAUAAGACAGUUCUUGAUAGGUUGGCAAAUCAUUAAAGGGAAUACAUAUUAUUGGAAGGGACUGAAUUAAAUAUCCAAAAUAUUCCAUAAGGUAAAAAACAGAUAUAUUCACAUUUGUCAUGCUGCAGUUCUGUUACAGAAUGUGUUGAGCCAGUGGAACACAAAGGACUCUCCUGUCAUUCUUGUUUUGCUUCCUGCCGCGAGAGCAUUGUGCACAUACGAAACUGUGUAACCAGAAUGUUGAAAAUAGAAAUAUAAAAGGGGGGAACUAUGUCACGCUGGCUUCACUGGGCACCUAGUGGAUCUGUUAACCAUGGUUUUCUAGCCACUGCCACUUCAUAAUCAACAGCCCAGUCCUGAUUUUAGGUGAAACCCAUGCUACUGCCACCUAACAAGCAUGGUUGGCCUUCCAUCUUGGAAGUUACUGAUGAUUACUGGCCUAACAUCUCUUUGUGAUACAAACUGCUACAGAUGUCUUUCACUCCUGAGUCUGAAAUUUUCAAGUCAUGUUUGGGCAGAAGAGGUUUUUUGUUCACAGCAAGGAUGCACGCUUUCAGUCAGCUUCCUUGCCAUUUUCUCGUGGAGAUUUUCUUUACUAGGCAGCUAGUAUUUGUCCUUUGGAUUUCCUUCUGAUAAAGAGGAAAUGGAAAGGAAAUAAGAAAUGUUAUGGAAGAGGAAUUAAUGAAUUCCCCAAUGUUGAACUGGGGGAAAAUCUGUUAUCAUUAAGGUCGAGUGCAAAGUUUCAGAGUUGUUGUCCAUGGAAAGUAUUUACAGAAUUGCUAGGGACUUUAAGAAGCAAUAAGGAUAACUCAAAGAGAGAGAGGAAGGGAGAAGUAUCUUUUAUACAUAUAUUAGAGUGCUAUAUUUAUAGACAUUAUUUAUUCUCAUACUUGUACUUUUUCUUACAGCAUUGGAAGGCAAGAAAACAAUUAUAUGUAUUGGAAAUUAUAUGACUUUUGGAAGAUAAUUUUCUUGUUAGAAAUGUUAUUAAAUGAUUCGUCUGUAAUUAAUGUCCACAUUUUAUCUGUAUAAUCACAAUUACAGAUUUUAUUGUUAAAUUAAUCUUUGUUCCUUCUUGCUUUCCUGCUUACCUGAUGGGUUUUGUGUUUUAUCAUAAAAAAUUAAUAAUUCACUAUAAUUGCUUUCCAACUUGAACAAAAGGAAGCAAAAGGAAUGCGUACUAUUAAGAUAAAGGCUUUUCAUUCAUUACAACACAAAAACUUAAGGACAAAAGCAAAGUUUAAUAGCAAUUUUUAAAAAACAAUUAUCAACUAUAAAGUAAUAAUAUUUUUUACUUAUACAGAUAAUACUGCUAUUUUUGAAUUAGCUCAGAAUGUACUAACUUCUACUGAACAGUAAUAAUUGAUUUGUUUUGCUCUUUUCUUCUAAAGGUCAUUGAGUUUUGCAUAUCAUAUCAUAUUAUGGUCCUCCAGCACCCUCUAGUUGUAAAAUUCUGUUGAAUUAUUUCCAGAACGAGGUGCACGUAUUAAUCUGUGUAGAAGGUAUGGAAUUAUUACUUGAUAUUAUGAAAAACAAAUGCUAAUUAUUUAAAAAUGAAUGGACAUAAAAUCAGUGGACAGCUACAGAAUCCUGCCAUUCAUGGUUUGAAAAAUGUAGAAUAUAAGGCAUUCGAUCAGUAGUAAAGGUGGAGUUUAUAAAGAACGCAUUAGUAGCUGGAUUAUCUGGUCAUGACAUGUGAACAAACUGCACGAUUAUGAUUCAGAAAUCUGUUUCCAAUGGAGAGACCAUCUGUAUUUCAGCUGUCAUUUGCUUUACGUUCUCUUCUUGACUAUUAGGCAUGUUACAAAUUUCUGUUUUACCCUUAACAUAAGCCUCAAUAUUUUUUGGUAAUAAAGCAUCAGGAGGUUGCACCUUUUCCUUCAAAGUGUUAUCACCUUGGAAGCAUUGGUCAGACUUCUAAAACUCUUCAUCAGGAAGUGCUACUUUAGAUACAAAUUAAUCCAUUACUUAACUUCAUCCACAAAUUGAAGCUACAUAGUAAGCUUCAGUAAGGAUGUGACCUGAACAGUUUAUCAGCUAUUGUGCAUUGAUACUCUACUAGGAUGUGUGAAAUGGACUGUGUGAAGCAAUUUCCUUGAUUCUCAAACUGUGGAAAUCCAUACUUUAUUCUGUGGUGCUGGUGAGACUUGUACUUGAUACCCAGUUGUAAGAACAGCUCUGCCAGUGAUUUUGGUCACUUCCUUUUUUACAGUCUUCUGUUAAUUCUGUCUGAGAUAGCGUAUGUGAGUAGUGUAUCUUUGGAAUGAAGAAAUCAGUUUAUUUCUGUAAGAGCAACUUACUGACCACUUAGAAACAUUGCCAAGCAUGUUUCAUUCUUCUAAGUCUUUGGAUCAAUUUGGUCUUGGUAAUAGAAGAUUGUAACUAAAAAGGAAACUGAUUUAAACUCUAUUAUUCAUUAUAGAGAAUGUACUAACAUUGCCUUUUGGGGCAGUUGCAGUGAUCAUGACCCUCAAAGACUGAUAUGCUUGUAUUAACAAUUUGAAGGAAAUAUGGAUAGUAGUUACCCUAAAUUUAAAGUAUUUCACCCUGGAGCGAGAAGAUAAUUUACUUAAGAAAUCUGCCAUAAAUAUUUAGGUAAUUUAUGCAGAGACUUUAUAAUACACUUGAGACCAUUGGUCUGUUCUUCAAUUCAAGCAGCUUACCACUGCAGUUAUUGAAUAACUUCUGCUGAGGAUAUUUAUAGAAUAGGUAACAAUAAAUUAUUUAUUUCCAGAGAGUGCAACCUGAGUGUAUGCAAUGUCAAGUGAUUUGUCAGGCUAUAGAGAUAACUCAGUGCUGAAAUGAGUACAAAUGUGGUAUAUAGCAGAUAAGGGAAUGAUAGAACACCAUUACUUGAUGCUUUGGUGUACUAAUUGUGGGAUUAAAGAUACAGCUGAGGGGAAAAAAAAAAAAAAAAAAAAAAAAAAA